CUCUGCAUACACAGAACGUAACUAUCUAAAAUGGCAGGAGCACCAUACGUGACUCCUCCGCCGCCGCUUCCGCCGACAGGCUACCACCCGCCGCCACCGCCGCCAACAGGCUACGACUACGACACGCCGCCGCAUUCUCCGUCGCCGACAACGCACGUCACGGUCGUCGUCGUCGUCGUCCCGAUCGUCGGCGUCGUGUGCCUCGGCCUGCUGGCGGCCCUGCUGUGCGUCCUCUUCAUCAGGCGGCGCCGGCGGCGCCGGUGCCCGGACUUGGAGGAGGCGGCGAAGGUGGACGAGGUGGAGGACGUGGGGGUGAAGGUCACGGAGCACGUGCGCAUCGUGGAGGGGGUCGUCGGCGAGGCCGGCGACGCGGGCUGCGGCUGUGGAGACGGCGGUGUCGUGGAGGAGGCUGGGGCGGCCGGGAUCGUCGUCGUCGAGGAUGACGUCAAGGUGGAGGAGCACGUCGUCAGGUUCACCGAGGCGUCGAAGCGAGAGCGAGAGUGAUCAUGAAUGGUUGGCCGUGUGCAUAUCAGCAUCGUGUCUCGUGUGUACACGUGUGUGAUGCAAAGUCUGUAUUUCUAUAUAUCUGCAUGUUAUGUGUGCCGUUGUA